AUGGUUGUAGCUUUAAGGCUUUGGGUAUUUGUUCUGAUCUCUAUACAAACUCAGCUUCUCGUGAUUUCACAGAAUCCGACAUGCAAUCCCAACGACUUAAGAGGAUUAACGGGUUUCAUGAAUGCAUUGUAUUCACCAAUUGAUGGAUGGUGGCCUGCAAAUUCAUCCUCUUCUUAUUGCUGCAACUGGAUAGGUGUCACUUGUAAUUCCUCAUCAGGCAGAAUUGUUAAACUACAACUCCCUGAUCAAAUAUCAGGUGGUCGAAUUUCUACUUCAGUUUCGUAUUUAGAUCAGCUUACAACACUCGAUCUUUCACACAAUUUCCUUUCAGGCCCUCUUCCAGUUCCCCUUUUUCAUCUCACCCAUUUGAAAGAACUUAAUUUAAGUGGAAAUGAGUUUAACCGCGUUUUACCAGUUAGCAUAAAUCUGCCUGCACUUCAAGUAUUAGACAUCUCUGAUAAUAACCUUAGAGGUUUCCUUCCAUUUGGUUUAUGUGUUAAUUCCAGCAGAAUUCGAGUUCUUGAUUUCGCUUCAAAUUACUUCACUGGAAUCAUUCCACCUCAAGUGGGGAAUUGCACUUUUCUUGAACAUCUGUCUGUUGCUUCCAAUUUUAUUUCCGGUAUCAUACCAGACUUCUUACUUGGAUUACCAAGAUUGUACAAACUGGCUUUCCAGGACAAUGAGUUCACAGGAAUCGGUAAUUCCUCUAGUCCACUGGUACAUUUGGACAUUUCAUCCAACAGGUUCUCAGGAAAUAUACCUGAUGUCUUUCAUAACUUUCUGAGUUUGAGUCGCUUCGUAUCUCAUUCAAAUAAUCUGUCUGGUGGGGUGCCUCCAUCAUUGUCAAACUCCCAAACCAUUUCUUUUCUUAACUUGAGAAACAAUUCGUUGGACGGUCCGAUCGACUUUAACUGUUUGAAGAUGGUUAAUCUUGCCUCACUUGAUCUGAGCAAUAAUAACUUUUCGGGUACAAUACCUGAUAAUCUUGCAUCUUGUCGAGAACUAAAAGCUUUAAACUUUUCGAGUAACAAACUCAUGACAGGCCCAAUCCCAGAAAGUUUCAAGAAUUUUGAAUCUCUUUCUUACCUUUCACUUGCCAGUUGCAGCUUCAGUAACCUCUCGUCAACUCUUGAAGUCCUCCAACAUAGCCCCAAUCUUACCAUUUUGGUUCUUACCAUGAACUUCUACGGUGAACAGCUGCCAUCUGAUAGCAAUUUACAGUUCAAAACACUCAAAGCUCUAGUGAUUUCCAAUUGCGGGCUCACUGGUAGCCUUCCAUCGUGGCUAAACAGUUUAACACAGUUGCAGUUGCUGGAUUUAUCGUCUAACCACUUGACAGGAUCGAUUCCAGCUAAAUUUGGUGAUUUCCUGUCUCUCUUCUACUUGGAUUUAUCAAACAAUUCCUUUUCCGGAGAGAUACCCAAGAAUCUAACCGAAUUACAAAGCCUGAUUUCAUUAGAAGAUGAUCUGGCCCCGGAUCUCAUGAAUUACAACUCUAGAAAUUUGAUAUGGUUGACACUGCAGGACUAUCAUAUCAGGAUGUUUCCGCAACUAUUAGACCUUAGUAGCAACGUCCUAACCGGACCAAUCUGGCCAGAGUUUGGAAACUUGAAGAAGCUAGUUGUUUUGGAUCUCAAACACAACAAUUUAUCAGGUUCGAUUCCCGAUUCUUUAUCAGCUCUGAGAAACCUACAGACCCUGGAUUUGUCAUAUAACAGUUUGACUGGAACAAUCCCUUCAUCUUUCAUGGUGUUGUUAAUGUUAUCGAAGUUUAGUGUUGCAUAUAAUAAUCUCACCGGGGUAAUUCCUUCUGGAAGUCAACUUUCGACCUUUGCUGAUGCUAGCUUUGAAGGAAACCCUGGCUUAUGUCAUCAAGAUUCAUUGAAAUACUGUGAAAGACCUCAAGUGUUGUUGGAAACUCCCGCAGCAUCUAAUGAGGAGGAACACUCUGUCACUCGUUUGCUUGCAUUCGUCGGGUUUGGAACUGGUUUCUUUGUCACCGUCUUCUAUAUGCUUGUUGUUCCUGUGUUAACUAGUUACAAAACCCAUUCAUAG